CACAAUGAACCUCCAAGAAUCUCAUAUUUACGUACCGCAAGAGCUCCCAAUGAAACAUCUUUUGUGUCGAGUGAGUUCAUAUGUCUAUGACGUAAUCUCCAAUGGCUUUAUAUGAACCGUUAAGUCGCAAUCUCAGAUCUGACGAUCGCAAAAUCUUAACUUGACGACAUUCGAGAUGGCUGAAGAAAAGAAAAUUCCUGUUACGAAUGAGGGCAUGGGAAAACCUCUUUCGGCGAAGAAUGAGGUCCUCACUGCUGGUGCUGCUGUGACACAGGAGUUUCGACCUGUGAAGCAUAUCUGCGCUCAUCUCAACGCCUUUCACGCAUACGCCGAUGACCCCUCGCGUUUCGUUGAAACAAACCACUACUGCGCCCAUCUAAACGAGGACGUCCGCCAAUGUCUCCUCUACGACUCUGACGAGCCCAACGCGCGCCUCAUCGGAAUCGAAUACAUGAUAACCCCCAAACUCUACGAAACCCUCGACAAAGAAGAGCGCAAACUCUGGCAUUCACACGUCUACGAAGUGAAAUCAGGAAUGCUCAUAAUGCCGAAUCACGCGGUGCCCGAGAGUGCAUGGCAAAUAGCUGAGAACUUCGAGAUGGACCAAGUUGUGCAGCUAUACGGAAAGGUGUAUCAUUUGUGGCAGACGGAUCGUGGUGAUACGCUGCCGUUGGGGGAGCCGAAGCUUAUGACGAGUUUUACGGCGGAUGGACAGUUUGACUUUGAGAAGAAUGUGGGGGAGAGGGAUAGGAAGUUUGGGACGGAUUGGAGGGUUAAGAAGGAGGCUAGGAAGAAUAUUCCUAGUCCGGUCGUUCAUGAGGAUGCGGAUCAGGCGUGGAAGAACAAAUGAAGCUUGCGUAGUUCACAAGAUGGAGCUGGACGAAAGCAUGGGUGACGAUCACGAAUGAAUGGUUUGGGAUAUAGCGCAUGAAAGGCUUGAUGCGAUCGGAAAGUAGUGAUAGGUCGGCUACCGAACGUCUGUCAUACCGGGUAUCAUCUAUUAAUUGAGUUAGACAUCAUCGGAUGCCACGUGCCCCAUGUUCUCUACCCCAGAUGCAAUCAGUGCCCCGUCAACAUGCGGGAAGUGGGCAAUCUUCAAUACCGCACGCGCGGCUUCUUCUGCUUGUGGACAUUCUACUUCCCAACCGUAAACUUCUGCGGCAACUGCUGAACCCCCUGCAUCUGUUGCAUAACCCUGGUAUCGUGAACCUUGCGAUCAAUACCCCGGAACUCGAAAACUCCAUCGAGCUCUCUUCGCACAGCUAGUAGUUGAUCCUGAGCCUUGCGAAUCUCGUCCGGUUUGUUAUCCUGGACAACAUGUGCCUUGACCUGGAGAAACCAUCGUUUCUGCUGAUCCACUGGAGUGAGAGACUCCCAAGGCGGUAGACUGCCCAUUGGGAUGGUUGCUUGCUGUUUUGUUUCCAUGGGGGUGUAGUGUUCUAGAGGUUGGAGGAAGUAGUGGCGUGUUAGACAGAACUCGAU